UUACUAUUCCCCUAUGUGUACCCUCCUGUAGACUGCAGAGGAAAACACACAUGCACACACUUCAGAUCUUGAAUCUGUAGUCCUGCAUGACGAGGAAACACAGGAGGGAGGUGAAUUAUGACCUCCUGUGUGAUAAAAUCCAGAGGAAAGAACCCCUAUGCAGCUGUCCAGGUGGACCCAGAUAGUGACUACAUCACACCAGGUACACUUGACCUGGAGCAGCUCUUCUGGACCGGCCCCAGUGCUCAGUAUGCACACGUCAACCAAGUUUGGCCCAAUGUCUUCAUAGGGGAUGAGAAGACAGCUCUGGAGCGACCUGGUCUGAAGGAAUUGGGCAUCACGCAUGUGCUGAAUGCCGCAGAGGGGAAGUGGAACAAUGUGCUGACUGGUGCAGAUUACUACACUGACUUGGACAUCCAGUAUUUUGGUGUGGAAGCUGAUGAUAAACCCACCUUCGACAUCUCCCAAUUCUUCUGCAAGGCGACACACUUCAUCAGCGAGGCCCUGCACCAACCACAGAACAAAGUGUUGGUGCACUGUGUGAUGGGUCGCAGCAGGUCAGCCACUCUGGUCUUGGCCUACCUGAUGAUGGAGCACAGCUUGACUGUGGUGGAUGCUAUUGAGCAUGUGCGACAGCGCCGCUGCAUCCUGCCCAACCAUGGCUUCCUAAAGCAGCUCAGAGCUCUGGACAUCACACUACAAGAGGAGAAGCUCAGACUAAAAAGACAGACGCAAGACAUAUAAUGGGAUCAUAUACUGACUGCAGGAUAAAAAAAAAACAAUUAAAAAACAGUGGAUCUAUUACCUCAUUCUUAUCUAAUUCAACGAUGGUUGUGUCUAGUAAAUGUGCAAGUGAUGGGGUUUCUUAGAAGACAAAAAUAGUCGCUGUACAAUGAAAAGCAGGAGUUGCCACAAUUGUUUUCCCAUUUUAUCAAAAUUAUUAAAUAAUUUUUGCAUUCACUUGCUAAAUGGCACCACUUACUGUAC